GCUAUCCCCUCCCCUACAGCCUGCCUCUCUCAAGAUGGCGCCCCCAUGUCUCGCGAGACCAUGCACUAUUUAUAGCGCGAUUUGAGCGCCCCCACCCCUUUCCGCCCGGCGGCACCCGCGGUACCCGGAGUCGGCGAGGGCCGGUCCCAAGAUGAGCAGCAAAGUUUCCCGUGACACCUUGUAUGAAGCGGUGAAGGAGGUCCUGCAAGGGACUCAAGUGAAACCACGCAAGUUUACGGAAACUGUGGAGUUGCAGAUCAGUCUGAAAAACUAUGAUCCACAGAAGGACAAGCGUUUCUCUGGCACAGUCAGGCUCAAGUCCACCCCACGCCCUAAAUUCUCAGUCUGCGUGCUGGGGGACCAGCAACACUGUGAUGAGGCCAAAGCGGUUGAUAUCCCUCACAUGGACAUCGAGGCUCUGAAGAAACUCAACAAGAACAAGAAGCUAGUGAAAAAGCUGGCUAAGAAGUACGAUGCCUUCCUGGCUUCUGAGUCUCUGAUCAAACAGAUUCCUCGUAUCCUGGGUCCAGGGCUGAACAAAGCUGGCAAGUUCCCCUCCCUCCUCACCCACAAUGAGAACAUGGUGGCCAAGAUUGACGAGGUCAAGUCUACUAUCAAAUUUCAAAUGAAGAAGGUGCUCUGUCUGGCUGUGGCUGUUGGCCAUGUGAAAAUGACGGAGGAUGAGCUAGUCUACAACAUUCACCUGGCCAUCAACUUCCUGGUGUCCUUGCUGAAGAAGAACUGGCAGAACGUGCGUGCGUUGUACAUUAAAAGCACCAUGGGCAAGCCACAGCGCCUCUACUAAACUGGCAGCAAUAAAUGGUUUGAGUACCCA